AUGGGGGACUGGAACCUGUUGGGCAGCAUCCUAGAAGAGGUCCACAUCCAUUCUACCAUCGUGGGGAAGAUCUGGCUCACCAUCCUGUUCAUUUUCCGGAUGCUGGUGCUUGGCGUUGCAGCUGAGGACGUCUGGGACGACGAGCAGAGCGAGUUCGUCUGCAACACAGAGCAGCCGGGCUGCAAGACCGUCUGCUACGACCAGGCUUUCCCCAUCUCCCUCAUACGCUACUGGGUGCUGCAGAUCAUCUUUGUUUCCUCUCCCUCGCUGGUCUACAUGGGCCACGCUUUGUACCGCCUGAGAACCCUAGAGAAAGAGAGGCACAGGAAGAAGGCCUGUCUGAAGGCUGAGCUGGAGGGGACGGACCCCGACCAGGAGGACCACAGGAGAAUCGAGAGGGAGCUCAGGAAACUGGACGAACAGAAGAAGGUGAGGAAAGCGCCACUCAGAGGAUCCUUGCUCCGCACCUAUGUUUUUCAUAUCCUUACCAGAUCUGUGGUGGAGGUGGGUUUCAUCAUCGGUCAGUGUGCUCUCUACGGCAUUGGACUGUCUCCUCUCUACAAGUGUGAGAGGCUGCCCUGCCCCAACAGUGUCGACUGCUUUGUCUCCAGGCCAACGGAGAAGAACAUUUUCAUGGUUUUCAUGCUCGUCAUCGCCGGCGUCUCUUUGUUCCUCAACCUUCUGGAGAUCUUCCAUCUGGGGGUGAAGAAGAUCAAGCAGAUCUUAUAUGGAUACAAAUACGGAGAUGACGACAGUUUUUGCAGGUCACAGAAAAAUUCCAUAGUUCAGCAAAUCUGUGUUCUCUCAAACUCCUCGCCGCAAAGGCUGGUUCAGCUGACGCAGAGAGCCAGCGCUGCGGCAUUAGAGCCUUACAAGGAUGCUCCAGGAGACGUUGUGCCUCAGGACCCCGCUCCGGCCGCUUGUCCAGAAGGCGUGGAGGUGUUGCAGCAGACGUACCGGCCCAGCCAAGGCGAAAUCCAGCGCUUGCUGCAGCUGGGGGCUGUGGAGCGACGGUACACUCUGGAAAACAGGAAACCAUCGUUCAGCAGCGACGACUCGAAUGGACCUCAAAGCUCAGCCAAGCCCCGCUACUCAGGGCCUCGAGCAACGCUGGGGGCCAGCCACAUGGAGAUCCCCGCUGCCCUGAGGAACCCUGCCAGAAAACAGAGCAGAGUCAACGUCAGCAAGGAGCUCAGCGACAUGAGCGACUCUCCAGAGAGUGACCACUAUCCCACAGCCAGGAAGUGCAGUUUUAUGUCCAGGGGAAUGUCAGAGGCCAAGCUGGCCAGUCCGUCUGACAGCGGGGCCUCUCAGAGCGGGACGGAUACCGAGGCCCAGCACUUCAACCAGGGAGAGAGCCCAGCCAUGACCCCACCUCCUCCGGCUUCUGGGAGGAGGAUGUCCAUGAGCAUGAUUCUGGAGCUGUCUUCAAUCAUGAAGAAGUGA